AUGUCGAAUUCACCAUCAACAAAUCCACAAGUCGAUACAAAUAAUUCUAUUACUACAAAUCAAGUGACACCAGAAGAUCAAAUAUCAACAUCUGGAGAAAUUCAAGAGAUAGAUGUUGCCCAAGCAGAUCAAAGUGAUAGCUGGGAAACCGAUGAUGAAGGUGAUUUUUAUACUGAAGAAUCCAAUGGUCGUCUAUCAGAUCAAGAAGAUGAUGAUAAUUUACUUAGUUCGGGUUUGUCAAAACAUUUAAUAGAAUGUUAUCCAAUGAGUACUGCUGAAGAAGCAUCAAUAGUCGGUGUUGUAUGUGAUAUUUGUCUAAAUGAAUACAAGGCACAUGAUAAAGUACGAACCAUACCUUGUUUACAUAGAUUUCACACAAGAUGUAUUGAUAAAUGGCUUAAGAAAAGUUCAAAAUGUCCAAUGUGUCGAAGUGAUUUACGUAAAUCGAAAUGGUAUUCAUCAUAA